CAGGCGCCCCCUGGAGCCGCGCCGUUGCCCAAGCCUCCCCGCUCCUUGGGCCGGCCUCCGCCGUCUCGGCGGGAAGGUGGCCGUCGCCCGCUGCUGCGCUGGGACGAGGUCCCCGACGACUUCGUGGAGUGCUUCAUCCUGUCGGGCUACCGGCGCCUGCACUGCACGGCGCAGGAGUGCCUGGCGUCGGUGCUGCAGCCCACCAACGAGACGCUCAACUUCUGGACGCACUUCGUGCCGCUGCUCCUCUUCGCCGCCAAGUUCUGCCGCCUGCUGCUGCUGCGCGGCGCCGGCGACGUGCCCUUCCACCACCCGGCGCUGCUGCCGCUCUGGUGCUACGCGUCGGGCGUGCUGCUCACCUUCGCCAUGAGCUGCACGGCCCAUGUGUUCAGCUGCCUGUCGCUGCGCCUGCGCGCCGCCUUCUUCUACUUGGACUACGCCUCCAUCAGCUACUACGGCUUCGCCAGCACCGUGGCCUACUACUACUACCUGCUGCCGGGCUUGAGCCUGCUCGAGCCCCGCGCGCUCAGCCGCUACCUGCAGCAGCGCCUGGGCUGGCACGUGGACUGCAGCGCGCCGCUGGCCGCCUACAGCGCGCUGGUGCUGCCGGUGGCCUUCGCGCUGGCCGUGGCCUGCACCGUGGCGUGCUGCAAGAGCCGCUCCGAGUGGUGCGCCUACCCGUUCGCCAUCCGCACCUUCGUCUUCGUCAUGCCGCUCAGCAUGGCGUGCCCCAUCAUGCUCGAGAGCCUCCUCUUCGACCUGCAGGGCCACAACCCCACGCUCUUCGUCCACUUCUACCGGCGCUACUUCUGGCUCCUGGUGGCCGCCUUCUUCAACGUCAGCAAGAUCCCCGAGCGCAUCCAGCCGGGCCUCUUCGACAUCAUCGGCCACAGCCACCAGUUCUUCCACAUCUUCACCUUCCUCAGCAUCUACGACCAGCUCUUCUACGUCGAGGAGGGCCUGCAGCAGUUCCUGAAAGGAGGGCACGCGCCCGCCUCGCCCACCUUCGCGGGCACGGUAGGCUACAUGCUGCUCUUGAUACUGUGCCUGGGCCUGGUCAUCAGGAGGUUUCUCAACGUCCCGGAAGCAUGCAAACACGAUUGAGGUCUUUUAAAUGUGGUGGAAUUCUAAGCGGAGCAUCGGGGUUUAUUGGCAGUGAAGGAUUUCCAGGAAUCUACCCUCCAAACAGCAAAUGUACUUGGAAAAUCACAGUUCCUGAAGGGAAAGUCGUGGUUCUUUCCUUUAGAUUCAUGGACUUGGAAAGUGAUAACUUAUGCCGAUAUGACUUUGUGGAUGUGUACAACGGCCAUGCAAACGGGCAGCGUCUUGGCAGGUUCUGUGGCACGUUGAAACCUGGUGCUCUUGUGGCCAACAGCAAUAAGAUGCUGGUGCAAAUGAUUUCAGAUGCCAAUACAGCUGGAAAUGGCUUUGUUGCAAAGUUUUCUGCAGCAGAACCACAUGAAAGAGGAGACCAGUACUGUGGUGGACGACUAGACAAGCCUGGGUCCUUUAAAACUCCUAAUUGGCCUGAUCGAGAUUACCCAGCUGGAGUUUCUUGCUCAUGGCACAUUGUAGCUCCAAAGAAUCAGCUAAUAGAGUUAAAGUUUGAAAAAUUUGAUGUGGAGAGAGAUAACUACUGCAGAUAUGACUACGUGGCUGUGUUUAAUGGAGGCGAGAUUAAUGAUGCUAGGAGAAUUGGGAAAUACUGCGGAGACAGUCCACCAGCGCCUAUUGUAUCUGAGAGAAAUGAGUUACUUAUUCAGUUCUUGUCUGAUUUAAGUUUAACGGCUGAUGGCUUUAUUGGUCACUACAAAUUCAGGCCCAAAAAAAUACCUACAACCGCAUCACCUACCACCGCAGCCCUCCCUGCCACCACAACAGUGAAGCCUACAGUUGCACUGUGCCAGCAAAAAUGCAGAAGGAGCGGAACUCUUGAGAGCAGUUACUGUUCAAGUAACUUCGUAAUAACAGGAUCUGUUAUCACAACAAACAUUAAAGGUGGAAGCUUGCAUGCAACAGUAUCAAUUAUUAAUGUCUACAAAGAAGGAAAUUUAGCGAUCCAACAAGCAGGCAAAAAUAUGAGUGCCAAGAUCGUUGUUGUUUGUAAACAGUGUCCUCUUAUCAGAAGAGGUCUAAAUUACGUCAUUAUGGGACAGGUAGAAGAAGAUGGCAGAGGUAAAAUCCUGCCCAGCAGCUUUACAAUGAGUUUCAAGACGAAGAACCAAAAGAUCCUGAAUAUCUUGAAAAACAAGCAGUGUUGAAUGUCAAUUUUUGCAGCUGAGUCCUGUCAACUAUCCUCCAGAACCUCUCUUCAUGCAAAUAAAAUGGGAGAUUUUCCAGGAACGUAGUGUACUUUCCGGAAUUUUUCAACCUUGUUUUCCCCAUUGACUGAUGUUGCAAAAAUCAAAAGAAAAAUACCAUGAUUGCCAAUUUUAUAUUUCAAAACCUUCAGCAACAUCAGCCAGCCUGUACCAUACCAAAUUUUCACUACCGCAAAUUUCUUAAUUUAUACUUUUCUCAGAAGGGUUUUUUUUAAAAAAAAUAAUGACUGAUGUGACGAAGUGCAAUAUUUAUAGUAAUUCAUUUUAACUUAGUUUUCCUGUUUCCUUGCAGUAUAAGCUACACUUAAUAAACACUUCUAAAAACUCA